AGCCACGAAUUCGACCCAAAAAAAAAAAAGAAACCAAAUUAAAAAAAAAUGUCCCCCAACCAAAAAUUUUAAACAAUGUCGCAGUCGCAGCAUCCUAAAACCCCCGAAAGCCGCUGCAUCUGAAGAGUGAAGAAGAAGGUGGAGGAGGAAGAAAGAAGAGAAAGAGAUGUCAUCGUGGAGAUUGAUCCUCGCAAGAAAUGCUGCUGCACGCAACUGCAUCAUUGCGUCGCGAAUCCCUAACUUCCCUCUCUCACAAUCUUGCAUACCCACCCAACCUCCAUUAAAACCCCAACCAACUCCUCCCUCCUCCACCGCCUCUCCCCGUUCCGUUUCCCGUUUCUUCCUUCCCAAUGACCUCCGUUUCUUCUCUCCUCAAACGGACAUCACCUUCGACGACGACCGUCCGCAAAACGACGCCGUUCCGCUCUGCAAUGAGACUGAACCACAAGAAGCCGCAUUAGAAGAAGGAGAAGGACAACUAGAAAUAGAAGAAGAGAUUCACGAUAUCAACGACGAGAGAUUAGAAUCCCUGCGGGUUCUUCUACAAAGUAAUGGCGACAGGUCGUUUGAGUCAUCUCUUAACGACAUGUGUUUAGCUCUGGAUCAUAACUCCGUCGCCAGAAUAAUUGAAAUCCCGUCCGUUUCGGGCGAGAAUCUCGUUAGGUUUUUUAACUGGGCCCGGAACGACAAGUCGUUUAAGGUAUCCCCCUCUGCGUUGGAAACAGUGGUGUCAAAGGUGUGCCAAGGUAUGAAGAAGAAAGAGAUAUACUCUCUGUGGGAUUUGGUUCGGCAUAUUGGUGAGGAAGAGAAGGGUGUACUGAACGUAGGGAUUCUCAACGAGUUGAUAUCUUCGCUGUCGAAAUUGGGAAAAGGAAAGGCUGCACUCGAGGUCUUUGAUAAAUUGGAGGAUUUCGAAAUUGUGCCGAAUGCUGACAGUUAUUACUUCACGGUCGAAGCUCUUUGCCGGCGGAAAGCUUUCGAUUUGGCUUGGUCCGUGUGUCGAAAGAUGAUUGAUUCACAGAUGGUGCUGGAAGAUGUAGAGAAAAUUGGUAGCAUGGUGUCUUGGUUUUGUAAGGGGAAAAUGGCCAGAGAAGCACAUGAAGUGUAUAUGGCAAUGGAAGAGAAAAGGAAGCAGUUACCUUUGUCUUGUAUUAGCUUCUUGGUUGGCAAAUUGUGUCAAGAGAAUGAGACUGUUGGAUUGGCUUUGAAGGUGUUGGCGGAUAUACAAGGAGAGAGGAGGCACCGUGCGAUAAAGCCUUUUUCCGCAGUGGUUAGAGCUUUGUGUAGGAUUAAGGAUCUUGAUGCAGCAAAGAAGUUGGUGUUGGAAAUGAUUGCAGAUGGUCCACCUCCUGGAAAUGCUGUUUUCAACUUUGUGAUUACUGGAUAUUGCAAAGUUGGGGAGAUGGGACAAGCUGUGGAGAUGAUGAAGCUCUUGGAGAGUAGGGGUUUGAAGCCGGAUCUGUACGCUUAUGCUGUUCUUAUGAGUGGCUAUUCAAAUGGUGGUGAGAUGGAAGAGUCUAGGAACAUAUUGGAAGAGGCUAAAAAGAAGCAUCCUAAGUUAACCCCUGUGAUGUAUCACACACUAGUUCGUGGAUAUUGUAAGUUGGAACAGUUUGAUAAGGCUUUGGAGUUGUUGACUGAGAUGAAGGAUUUUGGCAUCCGCCCUAGUGCAGAUGAAUACGAGAAGCUGAUCCAGUCGCUAUGUUUGAAGGCUUUGGAUUGGGAAAUGGCGGAAAAACUACAGGAGGAAAUGAAAGAGGCGCUUUUUUGAGGUGAUUGGACUUUGAGUAAUGAGGUCGGAGAUAGUGGUGAAGGUGUCCAAUAUGGCUUCACGUCAAUUCCGGAAUGGCAGAUGAGGAUACUUGCAAAAGAUUUCGACGCUUAAGAGUCGGCCAAAAGAAAAAGAAAAGGGAGAAACAGAGAGGGAACGAGAGAGAAGAAGAAAGGAAGAAGGAGAGAGGAAGAAGGAAAGACGGCGUUGGCGGAGUUCCAGACUCGCCAGAGCUUGAAGAGGAGGAAGCGACGGACAGUAUUGUUGACGCCUCUGCUGUCAUUGUUGUGGAAGGAGGUUGUUGCUGGUGUCAACUGGAGCUGCGUUGCCGUUGGGUUUGAAGGGAGGGAGCUCGCGGGAGAUGUUCCUGCCUUGCUUCGUCACUGUGAUGCCCUGGUCUUCCUUGUUUGCUGGAGCUGGAGCUCGCUGUUGAACUGCACUCGGCCGCUGGACUCAUUGAUGUUCAGCACUGCCGUGUCACUAUUGUCGGCUUCUAUCAUUGUCGUUGUCUUCCUUGUUUAGUGUUGUCAUCUUGAAACCCUCAGAAUAACCACGGAAUUUCAAUCUUCAAUUUGGUACUCUGGAUUCGAUCUCUUUGGCCAAGUUGAACGAAUACACGAGUAUGUGAGCCUUCCUAUUCAAGAGUAAUGAUAUGCAAUGAAUACCUAUUCUUUGUUGAGUUUCUAAACUUUAUAUGCUUCAUAUGUCACAGGCAGGAUUCAAUCAUAUUAAUCUAUUUUAUGUUUUUGUUAAAAAUAAUGUGUAACUAUUCAUUCUUGCACUUGUAAAUUUAUAAAAAAUACUUGUAGCUUUCUUAUU